AUGGCAUCUUUCGCCCCUGACGACCAUGGCAAAGUGUGCCUCGACGAUAAAGAGGCAAAUCGACCCUACGAUGGACUGUUCAAAGGGCUCGGCGACCACAGCUCCACUGUCUCGCAUUCGCACGUUCGUCCAAAUCCUGACCACAACAAAUCGACGGUUUGCCUUGGAGAAGAGGCUUCUGCUGAACGGUUUGCGUUUGUCGAGCAACAGCGGCACCAGCCUCCCGUAGACCCGUCUUUCUACGUCGAACAGGUGACGACGGCUACGAGGCAUGUAAACAAAAACAAGAGUUCGGUGCAGUUUGGUGACGACACUACGGGUCUUUCCAGCAUGACGCAAGAACAGCUACACGACCCACGCGCGGGCAGUCCACACACAAAACACGGGAAAGCUGUCAACAGCGAACACAACAAAUCUACUCUAGUUUUCGGAGAUGCUACGGAUCAGGAGAGAUUCGAGUAUGCAGAAGAACGUAGAGGACAUCCGGUGCGGGGAAAGCAGGGCCAGGAGCAGUUGGUGUUUGCUGCUGUCGCGGAGAGCUCUAGUGCUCGGGAAUCUUGUGGGAGCGGGAACAAGAGAAACGAGUCCACUCUUGUACUUGGCGCAGGGUACCUAUCAGACGAUGCGCCUCGACGGUCUGUGGCUAAAGACUUCGGAUUCAUGCCCAGCGCUCCGGAGAUGCUCGACGAAAUGCCCCGAGCAACAUACGUUAGGAAUCCCCGGGCUGUGUCACAGUAUGGGAAUUUCGACCAGAGCGAGUGA